CAUGAGGGCGGGGCAAACGUGCAAAAACCCUAGGGACGUGAAAGUCUGCAAAGAGAACUCCAAGAGCUAGGGACAUUGUUGCUGUAAGGCUUCAAACGCCAGCCAGACCGGGAGCUCGUGUCUUCUUUUAGAGGCAGGGGGGAGCCCCUGAAGCUCCUUCAGACGGAGAACGACAGGCUCCAAGCUGUGAGGCAAAGACGGAUCGCAGAGAGACAGGAGGCAGUUCUGGGCCCUGGCGUUAAUCCCUGGUGGGAGGCCGGGUGGUGACUAGGGCAAGUGGUUGUUCUGGAGGUAGGAACACCAAGCCUUGGCUGCUUCCUUCACCCCUGGGUUGGAUCUAAAGCAAGAGCCAGCACACAGACUAGGCCACGGAAGUAGACAAAUCAACCUGGCGAAGGCUGGGCUUUCCCAUCGGGCACAGCCCUUUGUGAAGUUCUGUGGUAGUCCUGGGCCCAUUGCCCGUCGGUCGCCAGGUCUGAUUGGUUCUGUGUCCACAACAUCUCUCAUCCCCUUUGUUACACUCGGUUACCUAGCUAGUUCGGGGCCUCAGCAGUUAACUUUCUCGUGGACUAUGCCUCAGUCGUCUCCUGGAUUCCCCGCUCCCGGUCUCUCUCCACCUUAAUCCAGUUUUCACUUAGCUGCCAAAAUGAUCUUCCUGAAGUGCAGGUCUGAGCAUGUCGCGCUCCUGCUCAAGAAGUUUCAGGGGCUCCCUCUUGCCUUCUCAGCUUGGCAUUUAAAGCCUUUACCACUUGGCUCCAGUUGACCUUGACUAACUUGUUGGAGGGCCUUCUCCAUUGUGAUGCUGCAUUUCAGCAUGGGGGCUACUCCAUGUCCUCUGAAUUUGGCAUCCGGGUUUUCACGGGUUUGUGGAAUGCAUGCCCUUCUCACUAGUUCAGGUUCUAGGGCUACCUCUCUGGGAAGCCUCUUUCCUCAUUGGUGUACUUUGCCUCAGGUGAUCUCAUCUUACCCAUCUGCUGCUUUACUGCCCAAGGGACUGAGCUCCUUAUCUGCUGUUCACUUCUCUGUGUCUCACAGGAGAAUGGCAACCUCUUGAGGUCACCAGGGGCUGGUUUUCUUAAGCCCAAGUCUCUAGAACAGGCCUUCCAACAUUGCAGGUGCUGCGUAGACACUUGCUAACCUGAAUGGAUUUGGUUGAGAGGCUCCAGGUCACCUGAGGUUAUCGCCAGAGGAACUCAUCCCACUAGUCAGAUCAGGAGGAAGGAGGGAGGAUGCAGACCAUCAAGUGUGUGGUGGUCGGCGAUGGGGCUGUGGGCAAGACUUGCCUUCUCAUCAGCUACACGACCAAUGCCUUUCCCGAGGAGUACAUCCCCACGGUCUUCGACAACUACAGUGCCCAGAUGUCUGUGGAUGGCCGGACGGUCAGCCUGAAUUUGUGGGACACAGCUGGUCAAGAGGAGUACGACCGACUCCGGACCCUGUCUUACCCGCAGACCAACGUCUUUGUCAUCUGCUUCUCCAUUGGCAGCCCCUCAUCCUAUGCCAACGUGCGACACAAGUGGCAUCCAGAGGUCUCUCAUCACUGCCCCAAUGUGCCUAUCCUGCUUGUGGGCACCAAAAAGGACCUGCGAAAUGACCUGGCGACGUUGAAGAGGCUGAAGGAGCAGAGCCUAACGCCUACUACCCCUCAGCAAGGGACCUCCCUGGCCAAGCAGGUGGGCGCUGUGAAGUAUCUGGAGUGCUCAGCCCUGAUGCAGGAUGGAGUUGGUGAGGUAUUUGCAGAGGCCGUGAGAGCUGUGCUAUACCCUGUCACCAAGAAGAACACAAAGAAGUGCAUCCUCUUGUAGCUCCUGGGACAAUGCCUAGGCACCAUCCAGAGCCAUGGGCCUCUUCAGCCAGGAACCCUUCCGUAGGCGCCAGUCCUGGGGGUACUUGGGACUGGGCCUGAUUUGGAAGUGGGGGAAGGGGGCGGGGGGGGGGGGGGCUGGCCACAGCUUGGCAGGACUACCUGCUCCUUGGUGCUGAGCAUUGGUCUUUGUGGGCAAAAAAAGAAAGAAGGCAGGUGUGGUUGCAUGAAGUUGUUGCCUUAAGGUUUUUCUUUUCUUUCUUUCCUUUUUUUUUUUUUUUUUUGAUGUACUAAUUUUUGAAAAUGUUCUCAUUUCUGUUUCCCAGAUGUUCCUUUGUGUUUAGUCCAGUUCCUCUCCUUCUGCCUCUGCCCUUCCCACCUCUCUUCCCCUGAGAUUAGGCUUUUUCAUGGGAAAGGUUCAUGAGAAACAGGGGCCUCCAAAUGAGGCUGGUGGGGCAGGAGCUCAUGGCCUCUUGGAUAUCCUUUGGUUUCCUACCCAGCCCUACUUGGCUUGGGGCCUCAGGUAACAUUUCUGCUUUGGCUCUGUAUUCCCAGUACUUAGCACAGAGUAAAUGCUUCAUAAAUGCUCAUUUGUUGGUGCAAAGAUUAAUGGGGGUACUGGUGCUUUGGGGCUAGGUUCUGGUGGCACUGAAGGCCUAGAGGUAGCCUAGCAUUUCAUUACCCUUUUCUACCGUGAAGAGGAAGAUGUAAGAAAGGGAAACAGCACCACACAGGACAUGCUUAGCUUACUUCUUACCACUUACAUUAAGGGGAUUCUGUGUCCCUAUUCUUCUGGGCUGAACUUUGAGACUACUUGAUAGGGACAGGUUUCCUAUCUUCAUCCCUGCCCUAUGAGACUUGCCAACUGCUCCCUCAGGGCUCUUAAAGUAGCUCGAGGUUGUCCCACCUUUGAUUGAGGCCUUCCCCUGUUCGGUGGAAGCAACUCACCCCUCCUUUGUGCC